AUGAGGAGUCAGUGCGAGAAGUCUAGGGAGAAUGAAGAGCAAGAGAAAGAGGCGGCAGCGGCAGCGACAGCGGCCACUGGGAGUCUUGCAGGGGUCCCUGAGGCUGAGGGCUCGGACACAGAUACGGACUCCGACCUGGAGAAGGAAGGCACCCAUGGGCUUGGAGAAUUGGUUAAGGACAACCUCUACCUGAGGUCUUGCCGGGCCCACAAUGUCGUGCCCGCUUCCUGCUUUCUGCGCCAAGGGAAAGCCCCAAGGUUGAACCUGCGGCACCGCGGCCUGGGGCCCCAGGGGGCCCGAGCUCUGGCUUCUGCACUAACCUCCAAUCCCUAUAUCAAAUGGCUGGACCUUCGGGACAACGAGCUCUGUGGGGCUGGCGCGGAGGCCCUGGCACAUGCCCUGAGCAAAAGCAGCAGCAUCUGUGAUGUGGACCUGUCCGAGAACCAGCUGGGAGCGGUGGGAGCCCAGGUCAUCUGUGCCGCCCUCAUGGCAAACCCGGCCAUGCAGAAGGUACAGCUGGCAGGGAACAACCUUGAGGAGCAGGCAGCCCAGUACCUUGCUGAACUCCUGCGGGCCCACACGGGCCUGAAGUCCCUGGAUCUGAGCUAUAACCAGCUAAACGACCAAGCAGGGGAGAAACUUGGACCAGCCUUGGCAGAAAACACAGGACUCACCGAACUUAACAUAAGCUGGAAUCAUCUUCAAGGCCCCGGAGCUGUCUCCUUUGCCAGAGGACUAGGGGCAAACAUCUUCCUGAGAGUUCUGGACAUAUCAUGCAAUGGCUUUGGAGAUCCUGGAGCCUCUGCAGUGGGUGAGGCACUUAGGACCAACAAUGUGUUAGAGGAACUCAACAUGAGCAACAACUGCAUCUCUAUGGUGGGAGCCCGGAGCCUGGGCCUGGGCCUCCGGGUCAACCAGACACUGAGGAUUCUUGUUGUGUCCAGGAAUCCCAUGCAAAGUGAAGGCUGCUUGAGUGUUCUCAAGUCUGUCCAGGAUAAUCCAGUGUCUACCCUGGAACUGCUGGAUUUUUCUGAUAUCCAGGUGAACAGAGAUUUUGAUGACCUCGUUACCUCAGUGAAAGUAAUUCUUCCAGGGCUUUGCAUAAAGACUGGUGUGCACAGAGUGGAGUACAAAAAAGAGUUACUGGCAGUCUUGAGACCGUCCCUACCAGUGUCUACCCCGAAAUGA